GUGCUCGAAUCUUCCCUUAGACCACCACCACCACCGCUCUCUAAAGUUCGCUAUGGCUAGCCACAACAACUGCUCUGGCAACCGCAGCUCAGGAUCACUCAGAAAUUCCUGCCAUAUGCCAGCCACCUCUUCCAUUGCCCUCUGCUCUUCAAACAUGGGCUAUGGAGAGGUCUUCUGCGUACCCAGCAGCUGUCAAGAUCAUACCUGGUUUAUGGACAACUGCCCAGAGACCUUUGGAGAGUUUACCAACAGCCAGCCAAACAGCCGUGAAGCCAGCGGCUUUGAAAAUUCCUGUCGUUCUUCCGCAUACUGUGGGCCCAGACCCUGUCAAGGAGCUGGCUAUUUUCCUACUUCUUCCUUCAUCUCUGGCUCCUGCCUCCCAGCAUCCUAUAGGCCUGUGAGCUAUGUGUCCAGCAGCUGCCGGCCGGUGAGCCCUUUCAUGAACAACUGCCAUCCCAUAGGCUGUAUGGCUGGUGGAUAUCGCCCACUGCCUUGUGUAUCCAAUAGCUGCCGACCCCUGGGCAUUGUCAGUUAUGGAUGCAGGCCUUCAAGUUGUAUGAGCUAUGGUCCCCAAACCAUUCACAUCGUGUCCAACAGCCUCAGACCUCUGCAGCCUGCCUGUGGUGGCUGCCAGCCCGUGACCCACGUGUUCGGCGGUUGUCGUCCGUCUUGCUCCGCACAGGGAGGCCAGUAGCUUCUUCAUUCUAGUGAACAGCAAAGAUAAAAAUCCAGGAUAAAAAUUGCGACUCUCUGGACUUUUGCUUCUUUCUGAGUAGUAAUAGCGUUUCCUUGCUUGCACUGUGUCUGAGUUAAUGCAUAAUUCCUGUCACAUUGUGACUUGCAUUCAUCUCUCCUUGAUGUAAAAGCUCUGCUCACUUUGCUGCCAAUGUUGCUCAGGUGGGAGGACUAUGUAUCUGAUAUGAUCCAUGCUACAAUAAAUGAGAUUGAUUCAAAAUUAAAAACCUAGUG